CAAGCUGCAGUAUAAGGAGUAGUGGCAGGGAGGAGGCCUCUGGGAAGGCAGGGGAGUCUGGGAAAGGAGAGAGGAGGCUGCAGACCUAGAAGGAGUGAGAACAAGAAGUCAGAAGGAAAAAGAGAACAGAGGAGGGCACAAGGACACAGAGAAGAGAAAGGACCAACAGAAGGAAACUUGGGUGGGAAAAAGACACUUAGGAGGGAGAAGGAGUGAGGCAGAGAUGAAGUUACAGGGGUCCCUGGCCUGCCUCCUGCUGGCCCUGUACCUGGGCAGUGGGGAGGCUGGCCCAUUGUUAAGUGGAGGGGCAAGUGCUGAAGCAGGUUUUGGGGAAGCCAUUGGACAUGCGGCAGGAGAUGCCAUUAGUCAUGGAAUCAGGGAGGCCAUUGGCCAAGGGGCUGGAGAGGCAGCCCAUGCUCUUGGAAACACUGGGAGUGAGGCUGGCAGACAGGCUGAGAACAUUAUUCGACAUGGAAUAGAUGCUGCCCACAGCUCCUGGCAGGGGAUGCCUGGCAGCAACGGUGCUUGGGGAACCAAUGGCCAGCCUCCAUCUGGAGGCCAGGGCACCUUUGGUUCUCAGGGUGGCCUUGGAGCCCACAGCCAGGGCAAUCCCGAAGGCCCAGGCAAUCCCUGGAUCCACGCUGGAGGCUCAGGUGGCAGCUUCGGAACCAACUCUCAGGGAAGCUCCUGGGGCCAAGGAGGCAAUGGAGGGCCAUACAACUUGGGACCCAACACUCAGGGAGCUGUGGCCCAACCUGGUUAUGGCUCAGCUAGGGGCAACAGCAACCCAAAUACGGAGUGCACCAACCCUCCACCCUCUGGCUCAAGUGGAAGCUCUAGCAACUCUUGGGGAAGCAGUGGCGGCAGCAGCGGUGGUGGCAGCAGUGGCAGCAGCGGCGGCAGCAACGGUGGCAGCAGCGGCGGUGGCAGCAGCGGCAGUGGCAGCUACGGCAACAGCGGCGGUGGCAGCAGUGGUGGUGGCAACAACGGCAAUGGUGGCAGCAGCGGCAGCAGUUCUGGGGGCAACUGGGAACACAGUAGCAGCUCUUCCUCAGGAAGUAGCGGAGGAAGUGGUGGUGGAAAUAAACCCGAGUGUGACAACCCAGGAAAUGGAGUCCGAGUGUCCGGAGGUUCUGGGGGUCAGGGAAUAAGCAGGGAAGGUAAUCGCCUCCUUGGGAACUCCCAAGGCAAUUAUCAGGGGCAAGGGUCCAGUGGGGGAGGUGAAGCUGUCGGUGGAAUCGAUAACUUGAACUCUCAGACUUCCGGGCCCUUCAACUUCGACACUUUCUGGAAGAACUUUAAAGCCAAGCUGGGUUUUAUUAACUGGGAUGCCAUAAACAAGGGCCAAGUCCCAUCCCCCAGCACUCGAGCCCUCCUCUACUUCAGUCGACUCUGGGAGGAUUUCAAACACAAUACUCCUUUUUUGAACUGGAAAGAAAUUAUUGAGGGUAACUAUUCAUCGUCAUCACUUCAGAAGAGGGCAGGCAGUGCUGGUCAGCCUGGUGCAGGAUGGCCAGAGGUAGCAGCUGUAACUUCUAAGAACUACAAUUAUAACCAGCAGGCAUAUCCUACUGUGUCUGGUGGACAGUACUCCGCCAAGGCCCCCGCCAAGGGGGGAGUCACGCUUUCUUCUUCGGCUUCCCGGGCGCGACCUGGCCUGCUGCAGUGGGUGAAGUUCUGGUAGAAAAUUACUCCCAACUAUGCCUGAGACCCUGAGAAACAUCAGUCAUGGAGGAACCCAACCAUGCCCCUCCCCCAGCUCUCCCGCUGGGCCAGCCCUGGUCUGGGUGUUGACACCUGCUCUUUCUAGGUUGGGGACCUGUCUUUUGUUUCUUCCCACGCAUGUGGUGUCUCCUUGACCACCAGCCUCAUCAAAUAAACCAGCCACUUUCUCUACCUACUCCAUGUGUGACCUGAAGUCACUGACCGUCUUUCAGGAGGAGCGUCCCACUUUUGAGUUUCUCUGUGGAAAUAAAACAUGAAUCUUUCUUUCUCUAA